CGUGCGUUUUUUUAUCAAGCCAUUGUCUUAACACCGCAAUUUUAAGUUCCAUUUGUUUGUCCAUUUCACAUGCACUGAGGGAGCUACAGCUCAGAAAGAAAACAGUCAGUGCCUUGGUUCUUGAGAAGUUCUGGGAAAGGACUGGGUGCCCCAAGCCAUUUUCACCUGAGGAACCAGCCUUGUGAUGCUAGGGGGAACCAUCGGAGGGAAAGUGGGCCCCUCAGGAGCAUUGCUGAUGCAGCCUAGCCUCUUGCUGUACACCAGGCCAGAGGACAUUCUUUGCAGACAUCCCUGUGCUCAGUUCCCACUGCUGCUGGAGCGAGUCAUCCGAUCAUACGCAUUCUGCUGAUGGGCAAACACACAUACCCAAGUUACUCAAUCCCAGGCAGAACUGGGAUUUCAACCUUGGUCUCCUUGAUUCUGUAACCUGAAGACAUUUCUGCCUGUGGCUCCUCACUGUGACCCUGCUUUGUUUGUGUGGGUGGGGGUGAGUGUACUUUUCUUCCACCAAGCCUAUUCCGUGUGCCCUCUCUCAGUUUCUAGCACACUCUCUUCUCCCCUCCCCCACCCUGCCCUAUUCACUCAUCUGGAACUCCCCUCACCCACCCCCACCACAGCAGCCCGGGAGCAGGAAGCCUUGGGCACCUCACCCUGCUAUGCAGCCAGACCUUAGCCCAAUCUUGAAUUUCAGGUCUAUAAAUCACUUGGGUUGGGGGGGGGCGGGGUGCUCAUAAAACUGUUCUUCUAUGCUGGUCGGCCUGCUUGACCUCUCGUCCCCUCCAGACACCUUCUGCCUUCCUGGAGACUGGCCCAAGGAGGGGCCUGGGCAUAUAUAGGGAGUCACUGUGGGAGCAGCUAGCCACAGAGGCUUUGGAAAGAGGUGAGGAGGGGGCUCUGGGGGUCUGGAUGAGCAGGGGGGAACUGGGAAGCUCGGAGGUGCAGGGAGGCCAACGCUGAGCUCUGGCCAGUGACUGCCCUGCCUGAGCCUUGGUUCCCUCUUCUCUAAGGUGGCACACCAUCAGGGUUUGUGGGAGGAUUCUGAGCCUAGCAGAGAGCCGGGAGCAUCCCCUGGCAGCUGGGGUGUGGAGGGAGGGCGGUGGCUCCAGCUGGGGCUGCCCUCCAUGCCCAGCCUCUGCCUGGCCUUAUUCGGGUUCAUGUGUCCCAGGAAGACUAUGGCAUCCGCGGCAACAGAGGCGGAGAAGGGGUCUCCGGCCGUGGUGGGCCUGCUGGUGGUGGGCAACAUCAUUAUUCUGCUGUCGGGCCUGGCCCUGUUUGCCGAGACGGUGUGGGUGACAGCUGACCAGUACCGCGUGUACCCACUGAUGGGCGUCUCAGGCAAGGAUGAUGUCUUCGCCGGCGCCUGGAUCGCCAUCUUCUGCGGCUUCUCCUUCUUCGUGGUGGCCAGCUUUGGGGUGGGUGCAGCGCUCUGCCGCCGCCGGUCCAUGAUCCUCACGUACCUGGUGCUCAUGCUCAUUGUCUACAUCUUCGAGUGCGCCUCCUGCAUCACGUCCUACACUCACCGCGACUAUAUGGUGUCCAACCCAUCCCUGAUUACCAAGCAGAUGCUGACCUUCUACAGUGCAGACACCGACCAGGGCCAGGAACUGACUCGUCUCUGGGACCGUGUCAUGAUUGAGCAAGAGUGCUGUGGCACAUCCGGUCCCAUGGACUGGGUGAACUUCACAUCAGCCUUCCGGGCGGCCACCCCGGAGGUGGUGUUCCCCUGGCCCCCACUGUGCUGUCGGCGGACUGGCAACUUUAUCCCCCUCAAUGAAGAAGGCUGCCGCCUGGGCCACACGGACUACCUGUUCACCAAGGGCUGCUUUGAGCACAUCGGCCAUGCUAUCGACAGCUACACAUGGGGGAUUUCAUGGUUUGGUUUUGCCAUUCUGAUGUGGACGCUCCCUGUGAUGCUCAUAGCCAUGUAUUUCUACACCACAUUGUGAGGAGCAAGAAGGGAAAAUCACGUGCACGUGCAGCCUCCUCCUGUUCCUGUUUCCUCUGGCUGAGGGCUUGAUGGCUGCCUCACCUCCCCCUUCCGACCUCUCUCAACCUUCCCCCCCUUCCACUCCCUCCAAAGACCUUUUACCAACUUUCUGAGCCCUGCUGAGACUUGGGGAUACCCUGAAACCCUUGGACAUGUGUACAGGGACCCUUAGGACCCUUAGGGACCUCAUUUCACUUUGCUGAUUCCUGGCCCAUCUUUGAGCAUCAAUUUAAAGUUCUGUUCUCAGGGGACCUUUCCCAGCUCCCACUACCCCCAUCACCAAUGCCUCUCCUGUAGCUCCUCCUACAUGGCAGUUGUUGCCAUUUUUGCCAAAUAGUUUGUGAUUGUUUAUACUCUGGUAGAUGGGAUUGCCAUGAGGGGAGGGACAAGCUCUGUCAUGGUUACUUUAUUGUCCUCAAUAUCACCCAGCAGAGGGAGGGGCAUCAAUAUUCAAUAAAUACUGGUUGAAUGAAUUAAUUUGUUUUCCUUGGGGGCAAAGGCAAAUGAACAAGAACUCUUCCAAUGAAAGUUACAGAAACC